GUCGCAAGGGGGCGUAUCUCGUGUUCCAGAGCUCGACUUUUACUUUAUUUACCUCUUUAUUUCAGUCUUUUACUUCCAAGCUCUGCUUCUUGUUUUCAUCCGCUCCUACGCCCCGGCUCUGACAGUACUCAAUUCGAUCCGGAUCCCGUCGCCAUCACGUGAACAGACCCCCCUCACGAUGGCUGAGAAGGAACAACAACAACAACCCGUCGAUGACGCCCCUGUGGACGCUCAUGUCGCCACUCACGACACGCCCGCCGACGCCCUCGACUUGCCGGCGGGAUGGAAGUACAAGCGGAUACGCCUCUUCGGCUUCACGCUGCCGUGGUACGCCUCGCCCAAGGUCCAGCUGCUGAUGGUCUCAUUCGUUUGCUUCAUGUGCCCCGGAAUGUUCAACGCCCUUGGAGGCCUGGGUGGAGGUGGAAAGAUCAAUCCCACUCUGGCGGACAACAUGAACACCGCGCUUUAUAGUGCUUUCGCCGUCUUCGGCUUCUUUGGUGGCACCUUCGUCAACAAGAUUGGUGUGAAAUGGACCCUAGCUUUUGGAGGUGUGGGAUACUGCAUCUAUGCCAUCAGUUUGUUAGUAUCGGUCCAUGCCUCAGUCCUCGGUUUCAACAUCUUUGCCGGUGUCUUGCUCGGUAUCUGUGCCGGUCUGUUGUGGACCGCCCAGGGCACGAUCAUGGUCUCGUACCCGACUGAAAGCCAGAAGGGCCAUUACUUUGCCUGGUUCUGGGGUAUUUUCAACUUGGGAGCUGUCGUUGGCAGUCUGAUCGCCUUAGGCACGAACAUUAACGUCAAGACUGCUGCCACCGUCACUGACGGGACUUAUAUCGCAUUUAUUAUCCUCAUGUUCUUCGGUGCCGUCCUGGCCCUGCUACUAGCCAACGCCUCGGACAUUAUUCGAGAGGAUGGCUCGCGCGUCAUCUUGAUGAAGAAUCCCAGCUGGCAGAGUGAGCUGUGGGGUCUCGUAGAAACUGCCAAGUUUGAACCACUCAUCGUUCUCCUAUUCCCCAUGUUCUUCGUCUCCAACUGGUUCUACGUGUAUCAGCAGAAUGCCGUCAACGGGGCGUACUUCAACACUCGUACUAGAGCGCUAAACAGUAUGCUGUACUGGCUCUCUCAGAUCAUCGCGGCCGCCAUCUGGGGAUACGCUCUCGACAUCCAGGGCGUCCGCCGCUCCCUCAGAGCAAAGAUUGCUCUAGGUGUUCUCUUCGUCCUCACCAUGGUCAUCUGGGGCGGUGGCUACGACUUUGAAAAGGGAUACACCCGUUUCGAUGUGAACCAGGAUUUCGAUUCAUCUGGAAAUGCACUUAAGACCAACCCGAAUUGGGUUCCCCUGGACUGGAGCGAUUCCGGCUACGUCGGACCCAUGUUCCUGUACAUGUUCUACGGCGCCUAUGACGCUGCGUGGCAAGCAACCGUUUACUGGUUCAUGGGCGCUCUGUCGAACUCGGGCCGCCGCUCUGCCAACUUCGUCGGCUUCUACAAAGGCAUCCAGUCUGUCGGCGCCGCUGUGGUCAACAACCUCGACGCCCGCCACCUCUCCUAUAAGAAGGAGUUCAUCAGCAACUGGGUCCUCCUCGCCGUCUCACUCGUGGUUGCCGCUCCUCUCAUUUUGACCAGGAUCCAAGAUCACGUACCCGUCGAGGCGGAUCUCAAGGGCACGGACGAGACUAUCGAGGACGUUCUUCCCGUGGGCCACCCCGAGAAGCAGGUCACGGUAUAGGGAAGAAAUCUUAAUUUGUUGUUGCGUCUGCUUCGUCGUGGCAUUGAGCGAAGCGCAAUAAGGGGAGUGCAAUUGGGUGAG